UGCCUCUUCGGAUCUCAGGAAACUGCGAGUUGUCACAUCUUUCCAUGCACCAGUCAGGCUCUCCACUAACCACCACCACUAUGGAAGGCAUAAAAAAUGCACCUGACCCGAUCCUUCUCACUCUUUUUGCCAAUCGCUUCAUGAGUGUCGCCGAAGCCAUGGGACGGUCCCUGCAACAGACGUCUAUCAGCACCAACAUCAAGGAGCGUCUCGACUUCUCCUGUGCUCUUUUCGCGCCAGAUGGAGAUUUGGUUGCAAACGCCCCAUUCAUUCCGAUUCAUCUGGGUUCCAUGAGCUUGGCCGUCAAGUACCAGAUGAAGCUCUACGGUGACGCGUUGAAGGAGGGAGAUGUCCUCAUGACGAACUCGCCGCAUGCCGGUGGCUCGCAUCUCCCUGAUAUAACGAUCAUCACGCCCGUCUUCGAUGCCAACUCAAAAGAAAUCAUUUUCUUCACUGCGUCACGCGGCCAUCAUGCAGAUAUCGGGGGUAUCCUCCCAGGGUCCAUGCCACCCACGUCUGUCAACAUAUUCGAGGAAGGCGCAGAGAUUGUGUCAUUCAAAAUCGUCAACGGCGGUGUUUUCGACAGUGAGGGCCUCGUCGACUACAUGGUCAACAAACCUGCGCAAUAUCCUGGCAGCUCGGGAUGCCGAAACAUUCGUGAUGUGGAGAGUGACCUCAAGGCUGAAAUCGCCGCAAACCGUGUCUCAUCAACAGUUGUCGACGAUUACGGCCUCCAAACUGUCCAAGAAUAUAUGUACCACAUCAGAAACAACGCAGAGAUGUCUGUCCGGAAUCUUCUGAAAGACGUUGCCAAGCGCACGGGGUCAAAUAUCCUAGAAGCUGUCGACUACUUGGACGAUGGGUCUCCCGUCCAACUCAGGGUAGAGAUCGACGAAACCGCAGGAUCCGCAACCCUAGACUUCGAGGGCACGGGAUGUGAAGUGCGCGGCAAUCUCAACGCCCCCAUUUCCGUUGUGCACUCUGCCGUGAUCUACUGCAUGCGCGCUAUGCUCGACCUCGACAUACCCCUCAAUGCCGGUUGUCUCGUCCCUCUCGACAGCCGGAUCCCCCAGAAGUCGCUCCUCGCCCCGUCAAGGACGGCAGCUGUUUGCGGAGGCAAUGUCCUGACAUCGCAGCGGAUCGUCGAUGUCGUCCUGAGGGCAUUCCACGCGUGUGCCGCAAGUCAGGGAUGCACCAAGAAUCUCACCUUCGGAACCGGUGGCAAAGACAAGGACGGAAAAAGUAUCGCAGGAUGGGGUUACUACGAGGCAAUCGCUGGCGGCUCCGGUGCCGGGCCAACCUGGCACGGUACGUCCGGCGUGCACACGCACAUCACGAACACGCGUAUCGGUGACGUGGAAAUCCUUGAGCGGCGCUACCCCGUCCUUCUGCACACCUUCGGCCUUCGGCCCUCCUCUGGCGGUGCGGGCAAGUUCCACGGCGGAGACGGGGUCGUACGCUCGAUCGAGUUCCUUGAGCCGAUGCAGGUCUCCAUCCUCUCCGAGCGGCGCACGCGUGCACCGUACGGUCUCGAGGGCGGGGGCAGCGGGGCGAUGGGCCGCAACACGUGGAUCAAGAAGUACCGCCUCGAAAAUGGCGAUCUGGCUGAGGAGGAGCGGGAGAAAGGCGAAGAGAGGGCCAGGGAGAUCAAUAUUGGGGGGAAGGCGAGCGUUUGGAUGGGUAAGGGCGACCGGCUGCUCAUCGAGACCCCUGGGGGUGGUGCGUGGGGUCCGAUAGAGGGCGAUGGGAAGAGGAACCAUGUUCAUGAGCACGUGAAGGCCUGGGAGCCGCGUGGGUCCAUCGCGGAGCGGGCGGCAGCGCAAGCCGCUUUCUGAA